AUGGAACUCCUACUAUUCUCAUCCAGUGAAGAUUGCUUUUUGGCGCAAAAGAUCCUUGAAAGUAUUCAAGGCGGUUCCAGACUGCCAUUCCGCCAUAUCUCUUUUCCCGCUACUCCUGAUGAAUCGCAUUCUGAUGUCCCUAGUUAUUAUCAUCCUCCCAAGCCACUCCUAGCUUUUGCUGUUUGCAAUGGCUUUCGUAAUAUUCACAGCAUUGUACAUCAGUUGAAGCUGGCGUAUCGCAAAAAAACUCGAGUCGACAAGAAGGUUUGCUACCCCUACACCUGCAGUCGGUCAUCCUUUCCUUUUGACUACAUUGAAAUAAUGGCGUGUCCGGGGGGAUGUCUCAAUGGAGGUGGACAAAUAAAGGACUCUUUGGUAAGGACGACGUCAAUAUAUACUAGCCUAGAAGCGGCGGAAAUACUGAAACACAACCCAGCGAAGUCAAUUGACGACAUCCUAGAAAUGAACUCUGGC